CUCUCCAAAGCCGAGAUAGGUAGCCCGAUAGAGCAUCAAGAGCUCAUUGACGUAUCAAAAUAUCUCGUUUCCCAUGGUCGGUGUGAUGGUAGGAUUGCAAAGGAAUGGCGUCUGGACACGCUGCUCAGGGGCGCGUGUGUCUACAGACCUCCGCCACCACCCAAGCCAGAGCCAACAUCAGAAUACAAAGCGUUGAUGCAACGGCUUCGUAAGCUAGAAGAGCAACGCGAGUACGAGCGCAUGAUCAAUCCUGCCCCGAAGCUGGAGACAUUCAGCCAGCGCUUUCCGAAGGCUACACAUAGCUUCGGACCGAGUUACAACACCGCUGACGAGCUUGACGAAGUCACGUACUCUGAUGUCAAUCGGCAGAUGAUUCUCAUAAUCAAUGUACUCAUUUCCAUCGUCUGCACGAGCGUAGCCGUGUGGAUGGCAGCUCGUCGCUGGAACGUGGUACCACGUAUGUUACUGGCUUUCGUCAGUAGUGCUGUAGUUGCUGUCGCAGAAGUCGCCAUUUACAUGGGCUAUAUCAAACGGAUUGGCGAUGCUAAGACCAAAGAGCGCAAGGCGAUCGAGAAGAAGGAAAUCGUCGAUACAUGGGUCAUU